AUGUUAUCGAUAAGUUCAGCCGUUUUCUUGUUGAUUGGAUCAAUUCAUUCAUUGGCUCCAUGUACAAAAUGUCCAGCUAAAGGAAUUUUUUCAAAAUGGAAAGAUUCAACGAGUUGCACGAAAACAUGCGGUCUUUAUGGGUCAAAGAUGCAAAAAAGAACGUGUACAUCGAUGGGUUUUGGAUGUCCGUGCAAUGGCCCGCUUACUCGUAAAGUCCCUUGCCCUGAUUCUCUCUGUGAUUUCCCUGAGAACACCUGUGCAGCAGGCUAUAAAAAGAUCAAGAACGAAGCGGAUGGGAUCUAUUAUUGUGGUGAAGUGGUUCUACCAACUGAUGACAAGGCAACACCAUGCAAAUUGACACACCAAUUUACAACGAAGAAGUCAACCACAAAGAAGCCAACGACUAAAAGGCCGACAACAAAAAAGCCAACAACAAGAAAGCCGACAACAAAGAAACCGCCGAGUGGAUGUGUUUCUCAUAAUCCAAUCAAAUACGCAAACUGUGCUGCUGUGGGGAAUGGCUUUACAAAUAUUGGUGGAUCUUGCUACAAGGUGGUUGUAGUGAACGGGAAUCGAGCAGCAGCCAUUGCCGCUUGUAAAAAUGCUCAUGCUAAUGCAAAUCUUGGCACAAUUCGAUGUAAAGCCGAGAACACAGGGACAUAUCAGUUAAGCCAAGAUAUCGCCGUAAAUGAUUGUUCAAACGUCGACUAUGGGGAUAAUUAUCUAUUCCAAAUGUGGAUUGGGUUGAACAAUGAAAAUGAUCCGAAUGGAGUUUCAUGGGUGAAUGGAGGAAAUUCCACAUAUCGAAAUUGGUCACCAAAUGAACCGAAUAAUGGAGAUUUGCAAGGAGCUGAGCCAUCAACACAGAUGUACAUCAAUUGGUUUAUGGACAGCACUAAUGAGAUUGUGGCUGGUGCUUGGAAUGACUAUUCGCCUGCAGCAACUACAUGUGCUGCUUUGUGUGAAGUGUUGACGAAAACGAGCGGGAAAACUUGUGGAGCUUUGCCUUGU